UAAAAUUAUUUGCAUAAUUUCCGUUGAUUCGCCCCCACUUCUCUCGCGAAUCCUCGACACUUGACAUCUUGUUUGAGCUUUAAAUUAAAAUACACUCGUAUUGAAAUCAUGUGAAAUAAUGUUUUAAAGUCAAUAUCGUCGGCCGAUAUCGUGGUUUCAAGCUCAUGGAGAUUUGUAAAUCCGAGUCAAAAACGGUGCUCUGAGCCAUUGGCAAAGGGAAAGCUACUUUGAUAAAAGAUUUGGGGGAAUAUUGAUGGAGUUCUACGAAGAUUCAUCUGUGCAAUUACACGCUGUUCGUCGAAUCGAUUUAGACUAUGUUGAACCAACUUCAGACCCUAGCAAACCAGAAGCCGAUAAAUAUGGUUUCACUGGCGGUGUUACGAAAACCGUAGCAGAAUCAUCCUUGCCUGUGGAUGUGCUGAGAGAAAGAGAACAAAAAUGGAUCAAAAUGAUCAAAGACUGGGAUAAUUAUAUGGCUAACAAAUUUCCAAAGCUGAAAGAAAGGUGUCGGAAGGGGAUCCCUCCGGCAAUGAGAGGCAGGGCGUGGCAGCAUUUGUGCGGAGCUCAUAAGCUAAAGGAAAAGAACCAAGGAUUGUUCCUAAAUCUUGUGAGCCAAACUUCAGAAUGGGAACAUACAAUUCAGAAAGAUCUUGACCGUACAUUUCCUUUUCACGAUAUGUUUUCAAAGCCUGGAUCAGGGCAGGAGGACUUGCAUCUUGUUUUGAAAGCAUAUUCCUUGUAUGACACUGAAGUUGGGUAUUGUCAGGCAAUGGCACCAGUAUCCGCCGUCUUGCUAAUGCACAUGGCCACAGAGGAUGCAUUCUGGUGUCUCGUAUCACUUUUAGAGAAUUAUGUUAAAGGCUACUACGGGGAGAAAUUGGAAGCCAUCCGUCUUGAAGGUGAAAUUUUCAAAGGCUUACUAUCCAAAGUUCUUCCAUCAAUAUCAAAACAUAUGGAGAAACAUCAUAUUGACCCGUUGAUGUACAUGACAGAAUGGUUCAUGUGUUUGUUUGCAAGAAAUUUACCGUUCGCAUCCGUGUUAAGAAUCUGGGACAUGUUUUUCUGUGAAGGUGUCAAAGUGCUUUUCAGGACGGCAUUAACAAUUUUAAAGUCGACUCUCACAUCCGAUGUUUUAAAAGAGUGCGAGGGAAUGUUUGAAACAAAUGAUAAAUUACGAAAUCUUCCGCUGAAGUUAAUGGAGGAGGAUCGACUGAUACCCGCUAUUUUAGAUUUAGAGUUAUCAAUCAAACAGAUUGAGAAGGAACAUAAGAAUAGGGCUGAAAAGGAGGCGAAAACGAUUGUUGUCAGGUGACAAGAAAGAAAAAAACAUUGAUGUUUAAGUAUAUUUAAUAAACAACAUUUAUUCUCAAAUGAUAUACAACAGAAUUUUAGUAAAUUGUAUGAGAAAACAGCCGCUUUGGGCCUAGGCUUUCACCCGAUCUCACUAGUGUAAGUACUUCACUGUUCAAAAAAAAUACCGGGAAAAUUUUUAUGUAAAAAGUCUUCGUAGAAACCAAAAAUAGCAGUCUUCGCAAAGUAAUUUUUAAAAUCUAAUGGAAGCCUCUAAAUGGAAGUUUUAUUUCAUAAAUAUUUUAUUUAAUCCUUUAUCACAAUGCGCGUAUAUUAUUGUAAUUAUUUUUGAAUGUAAAUGUGAUAAUUAUUGAUAUAUAUUAUAGGUUUUUUACUGGCUUGAUUUUUACUGGAGAUAGUUUGCCAUUGCCAUCAGCUCAAAACAUACGAUAAAGUGCUUCUUGUUUGUUCGAAUAAUGAAGGCUGAAGCAUAUUCUAAUGAAUCUAAUCAAAACUAUGUUCUAAUUCAAGGGCUGAUCAAUUCGUCUCCAGUACAAAUCAAGGCAUUCACUAGUUCAAAGUUGGGAUUUUAUCAAAUUGCACUGUAUGGAAAACUAACAUUAGGCUAACUUCUUUCGAAUUGAACGAUGUCUGGUAUUAAAGUAAAUUUUCUAUUUAUAAAAAGACGGAUGGCCCGUGAUUCGAAUUAAUUAUAAAUGGUAUUUUAUAUACUGUGGUGUGAAAUAUUUUCAGUCUUGCUUUAUCGUAGAAGAAUGUCGGUCCAGUGUUCGAUGUAAAAUACUAAAGCUGGGCGUAUAUAGUACGUAAGCGAGCAUUUUUGCUGUAAACUAUACGACCCAAUACCUGAUAAAAAAG